AUGGGUUUUGUAUUACGUAUCUCAAUAUAUCCUUUCUUUCUUCUUCCCUUCCUUCUUUUUCAGGUUACUUGUGCAAAUUUAACAAAUGGGGGAAAAACAGAACUAAAAUCAGGAAGCUCCAAAUCCACACUAAAGCAUAUAUGGACAGAAAGUAGCAAAGACUUGUCCAUCAGUCGACUGCUGUCACAGACUUUUCGUGGAAAGGAAAAUGAUACAGAUUUGGACCUGCGAUACGAUGCCCCAGAAACUUAUUCUGAGCAAGAUCUCUGGGACUGGCUGAGGAACUCCACGGAUCUGCAAGAGCCUCGGCCCAGAGCAAAGAGACGGCCCAUCGUCAAGACUGGGAAAUUUAAGAAAAUGUUUGGCUGGGGUGAUUUUCAUUCCAACAUCAAGACUGUGAAGCUAAAUCUCUUAAUAACAGGGAAAAUCGUUGACCAUGGCAAUGGGACUUUUAGUGUUUACUUCAGGCAUAAUUCCACUGGUCAAGGGAAUGUAUCUGUGAGCCUAGUGCCCCCUACAAAAAUAGUGGAAUUCGACUUGGCACAACAGACGGUGAUUGAUGCCAAAGAUUCCAAGUCCUUUAACUGUCGAAUUGAGUAUGAAAAGGUUGACAAGGCUACCAAGAACACACUCUGCAACUAUGACCCUUCAAAAACCUGUUAUCAGGAGCAGACCCAGAGCCAUGUGUCAUGGCUCUGCUCCAAGCCCUUUAAAGUAAUCUGUAUUUACAUUUCCUUUUAUAGUACAGAUUAUAAACUAGUACAGAAGGUGUGUCCUGAUUACAACUACCACAGUGACACGCCCUACUUCCCAUCAGGGUGAGGACCAAUGUGUGUCUGAGACUCAAGCCUGGGGAAUAAAAAAGGUUGUAUGACAGGGCUGUAACCUCAAGGAGGAAGGCCACGUCUAUUGCCUGGAAUGUGUCUACCUGCUGCUGAUGUUAAAUGGCUGCAAAUAUAUUAGUGGAAAACAAUCUAAUGUAAUUUUUGCCCAGUCAGCUCCAUGUAUCAAUCUAGUUGUAAAUCAUUAUGGAUUUGAAAUAAAACCAUUCACAUACAAAGAGACACGCUCUUUCAGCUCACACCUAUUGAGAUUCCUGUUAAGAGAGCUUUCAUUGUCUGAUAUCUAAGGUUUCAGGAUAACCUAUCAUCAAGCAAAAUGGAUUAACUAAACAGAGAAUGCUUUCUAACUCAGACUGUCAUGGAAAUAUCUUUGAAAGUCCUUUGAGUACACACCAAUCAAUAAACCCCACUCAUGUGUUCUACUGCUUGGAGUAGCUGUACUGGUAAAUAAUACUGUAGGAGUAAAUACUUAUUAACAUGGGAAAAAUUUGUGUCUAGAUUUCAGUAUUCCUUCUUAUAUGAACACAGCAAAGCAUCGUGACUUUUUUCCAGCAUACAGUAGGCACAUUCGAGGUGGUGUCAGGUGGCUCUUUUUCCAUGGAGUGAUCCUGUUACUAGUAAAGAUGGGCAAACAUUUGGAAUUUACAUGUGGGCAGACAUUCUGGUUUCAUGUUUCUCUGAUUCUUUAAGCUUUGAUUCUUUAAACGUGGUUGAAUUUAGGCCACCUAAGCUACUUAGGAACUAUCCAACUCUCUAAGAAGGAAAAUGCCUGGUGGAGAACAUGUAAGUUAUAAGUGGGUGUCUUAUCUUUAUUACAAAAUAUUGUAACAAAUUCAAUAUACUAGUCUUCAUUUGUAUGAAUGGUUUGUAUUGUACAUAAUUUAACUGGUGUUAUUUGAGCUGCUUAUUAAUAUUAACUUGUAAUUGUCUCUCUGCUUGUUAUUGGUUAAAAACAAUCAAGGAAAUGAGGAAUCCAUUUUAUCAGUGUAGCUGUAAACUCCAUGAAAAGACAGAACUAUGUACAAAGCAUUUAUUCAGUUAAAGUAUUGUUGAAAGCUAUACAUAUACAACAUUACAGUCUGUCUGUAUUCUAGAUUUUAUUUCAAAAAGAAUUAACCGUACAUAAAAAUAAAAAAUCUUAAAGUUGAGUUU